CCUACAACUCCCACGAUGCCCAGUGCGGCGGCCUGCAAUUCCCAGCGCGGCCCGGGAAACGGGAACUACAUCUCCCACGGUGCCCCAAAAGAAAAUGGCGGCUGCCGCGGCGUGUCACUGCCCCGCGUCGCAGUGCGCAUGCGGCCUGGUGGCGGCUGAGGUGGCGGACGCGGCGGCGGCUGCAGCCACGAUGUCAAAUAAGGAGGUGAAGGCAGCGUUGAAGAGUGCUAGAGAUGCAAUAAGAAAUAAACAGUACAAGGAGGCCUUAAAGCAUUGCAAGGCAGUCUUGAAGCAAGAAAAAAAUAACUACAAUGCUUGGGUAUUCAUUGGCCUGGCAGCUGCUGAGUUAGAGCAGCCUGAUCAGGCCAAAGGAGCAUACAAGAAGGCUAUUGAACUUGAACCAAACCAGUUACUGGCAUGGCAGGGGUUAGCAAAUUUGUAUGAGAAACCCAACCAAACAGAUGUCAAAGGAGACUUAGCAGAUGUGUACCAAAAACUCUUGGAACUUCAUGAAAGUGGUGACAAGCAGAAAUGGUGUGAUAUAUGUAACAAGCUUGUGGAACUAUACCAUCAAGAAAAGAAAUAUUUAGAGGUGGCUGAAACUUGGCAGAAACUAAUAAGGAUGAAGCAGGAGGAAGGUGCAGAAAAGGCAGAGCUUCAUCAGCUUUGGAAGAAGAUGAUCCAGUUACUGAAAGACAGUACAAGGAACCAGGAUAAUAAGACUGGGCAGUUGCUUUUGACUGCAUUUGAACACGCGCUGCAUUCUGCUGACACUGUUCCUGGUGAAGACCACCAAAAUCUUUACAAAGACUUCAUACAGUGCUUGUCUAAAUUUCCUCAUGAAGUCACUAGGUUGGAAAAGGCUUGUGAUGAUAUGAUGGCUUUGUACCCUUCUAUGACUUACCCUUUGGAAAUACUUUGCUUGCACUUUGUUCAGUCAGGUACUUUGCCGGAAAAGGCCCUGCACUGUUUCUCUAAACUUUUGGAGAUGGAUGCAAGCAGUGGUCCAGGCAUCAUUGGUUUUGGUAUAAAAUGCCUCAAAGAAAAUAAAUACAAGGAGGCUGUUAAGAGUCUUACUGAAGGUUUGCAGAAGACUAAGCAGUGUCCAGCUGCAUGGUAUUAUCUAGCAGAGGCACAGAUGAAGAUCCAUGAACACAGGAAUGCUGUCCUGUCCUGCAAUCAAGCUCUUGAGGCUCUUGGAACUCCUGAGGGUCCUAAUCUUCGGUGGAAGAACCUUGUCUUUCAGUUGAAAGCAGAGACUUUGAUUAAAAUAGCUGAUGCUGAUGCUGCAGAAGAAGCCAUUAAAGCACUUGAGCAGAUUGUAGAUGGAACCAGUGAUCCAGUGAUUUCAGCUCUCAGGGGUCAGGCUUAUCUGAACAAAGGUUUAAUGGAUCAGGCUUCAAAGGUUUCACAAGAGCUUCUCUUGUCCCACCCUGAUCUGGCUGAGGCCCAUGCUCUAGAGGGUUUCAUCCAUUAUUCCCAAAAGAACUAUGAACAGGCAGAAAAAAGUUUUCUACAUGCUAUUGAAAGAAAGGCUGGAAUUGCAGAGUAUCAUCAGUACCUGGGGCUCACAUACUGGUUCAUGAGUGAUGAGACAAGAAAAGACAAAGGAAAAGCACUCACUCAGUUCUUGAAGGCUGCAAAAUUGGACAGCUACUUGGGAAGUGCCUUUUGUUAUCUAGGUAACUACUACAGAGACAUUGCUGGAGACAAAAGCAGAGCUCGUGGUUGCUAUAAAAAGGCUUUUGAACUGGAUGAGGCGGAUGAAGAAUCUGGAACAGCGGCUGUCAAUUUAAGUGUGGAACUUGGAGACAUGGACACUGCUUUGUCAAUCCUGAAUGAGGUAACUGAAAAAGCGAGACCUGGUACAGCAAAAUGGGCCUGGCUUCAUCGUGGACUUUACUACCUGAGAACUGGUCAGCCGUCACAAGCAGUGGCUGAUUUGCAGGCAGCUCUCAGGGCUGAUCCAAAGGAUUCCAACUGCUGGGAGUCUCUAGGGGAGGCUUACUUCAACAGAGGUAGCUACUCAACAGCUCUGAAAUCCUUCAGGAAAGCAAGUGAGCUGAACCCAGGGCUUGUGUACAGCAUUUACAGAGCUGCAGCACUUGAGCAGAUUCUAGGCAAAUACGAAAAUGCUAUAGCUACCUAUCAACAAAUAUUAAAGAAGACAGAAAACUAUGUGCCUGCACUGAAAGGACUUGGUGAGUGUUAUCUCAUGCUGGCAAGAUCAGCCCUUGAUAACUAUUUCGAUAGGAAGGCUGUGGAUUACAUAGAGCAGGCCCUUGCAUAUUUUACAAGGGCAGUAAAGCACCGUCCUGAUGUAUCUUGCCUCUGGAAACUGUUAGGAGAUACCUGUACUAGUGUACAUGUUAUUUCACCAGCCAAAGUGAAUGUUCAAGUACUAGGAUCCCUUCUGAGUAAAAAUGCAACCAAACAGGUGCUGACGAAAAAUGAGCUUCUCAUACUGGGAGGAAGGUGUUAUGGCAGAGCUUUAAAACUGAUGUCUUUGCCGAGCAUAUGGUGUGAUCUUGGAAUAAAUUAUUAUCGCCAAGCAGAGCACCUCACAGCAGUGGGCACUGACAUGAAUGAGAUCAGUGAACUGUUAGAGAAGUCUUUGCAGUGUCUCAAAAAAGCUGUGAGACUUGACAGCAAAAAUCAUCUUUAUUGGAAUGCACUUGGUGUAGUUGCUUCUUGUAGUGCUAUUGGGAAUUAUGCUCUUGCACAACAUUCGUUCAUCAAAUCUGUUCAAGCUGAGCAAAUUAAUGUUGUUGCCUGGACCAACUUGGGGGUUUUAUAUCUGGCAACUGGACACAUUGAGCAAGCUCAUGAAGCCUUCAAGGUAGCCCAGUCUCUGGAACCUUCUUACCUCUUGUGUUGGAUUGGACAGGCUCUUAUUGCAGAGACUGUAGGCAGCUAUGAUACCAUGGAUCUCUUCAGGCACACAACUGAACUCAGUAUGCAUACUGAGGGAGCAAAAGGCUAUGCCCACUGGGUAUGUUCAACGCUGCAGGAUGAAGCCAACAGAAACACUGAACUGUAUCUGUAUAACAUUGUUCAAAUGAAUGCUAUACCAGCAGCCCAAGUGGUCUUGAGCAAAUAUACAGAAAGAAAUCCAGAUGAUGCUUCUGCUUUCACAAUGUUUGGGUUUUUGAAUGAGUAUCUGGAUCUAAAACAGCAGGCAGCCUAUGCCUAUGAGAGGGCAGCUUCACUGCUGAAAAACUCAGAGGAUACUGAGAAAUACAAUACAGCAAUGCAAAACUAUGGCAGGUCACUCUGUGCUCUUGGGCGGUGUGAUGAGGCCAUUGAAGUUUACACAUCAAUACCCCUAACAGAGUUUGAUGGCAUUGUGGGGCUAGCAUUAGCUUACUUCAAGAAAGGACUCUUAGAAGAAAGUAUCAAAGCCUAUGAAAAAGCGUUGUCUGUUGCUGAGUCUGAAAAAGAUAAAGCACAUAUCCUGACUGCCUUGGCAAUAAUAGAAUGUAAACUGAACAAAGUGGAUGCUGCAAAGACACUACUGUUUAAAUGCUCAUUAAAGGAACCUAGUACGGAAAGUCUGAAGGCUUUGUGCACAUUGGGACUGGUAAAGCAGGAUGCAACACUUGCAACAGCAGCCCUAAAAGAAUUACUGAAGCAUGAAAAAGGGAAUGAUGGGAUUUAUGAGAGGUGUCUCAUUGCAUCUGCUGUUUAUGCAUUACAAGGUAGAAAUGUGGCAAUCCAGAGGGAAGUCUCCAAAGCAAUACACAGUUACCCUGAUAAUCCUGCCCUUUGGUCUCUUCUGUCUCGACUAGUUCCACUGUAUGCAUCAAAAAAGCCUAAAGGAGGAGCUGUGGCAGGAAGUGUUGCACAUACACUUGAUGUAAACUGUGGAAAGGAAGUCCUGCUGAAUAUCGCAGUUAAUCAGUUGGUAGCAGGAUGUCACAUGUUAGAAGAUAAGAAAAACAAUCCUCUGAAAAAUAUUCAGAAGGCCAUCCAUGUCUGUCCAGAUAAUCCUGUUGCUUGGGCAGUGCUAAUGGCAGCCUGUCAUGCUGAAAACACUGUUGUCUGUCUAAACAACACUGAACCGAAACGAACAGGCCUAGAGAUGACACUUGUGUCUACAGUUUCAGCCAAAACUGGAGAAAGUCAUCUUCCACAUAAUUAUGUCCGUACUCUUGAAGACUGGUGUCUGUGUCAAGCUAUUACCAGUCUAGGGGAGACUGGUAAACUGUCAGAAGCUGAAGCUCUUUGUAACAAGGGUUUAAAAAGCUGCCCUGAGCACCCAGCUCUGUUUUUGCUUUUGAGACAAAUUCAGUGUAAGCAGCUGUUGCAGUCUCACAAAGAACUUCCAGACAACAUCCUGGAGGAACUUCGCAAGACAGUCAUGUCCAGUUCAUCCUCAGCUGCAGCCUGGCAAUGGCUGGCGAAAAUAUAUCAGUCUCAGAGAAUGAUGACUGGAGCAGAGAUGUGUUACAGAAAGAGUCUGCAGUUGGCAUCACAGCAGGGCAGCUGGAACGGAAAGUUAUCCAGUCUGCUCAGGCUAGCUAUGCUCGCACUGGAAAUCUGCAUGGCUAAUGUCUCAAAUGAACACUGGCCAUCCUUGGUUCAGGAGGCAACAACUGAAGCUUUGAAACUUUCACCUUCCCCUUUGGCAGUUCUGCUUCAAGCCCUGCUACAAUAUAAUCGCAAAAUGGGAGCAAGGGAAACUCGGCGAAUGUUGGAGAGAAUUGUUUACCAACCAGCCAAUCCAGAAACCAUAGUGUCAGUGGCACGCUGGUACCUCCUGCAACAUCUGUAUGCCAAAGAUGAUUGUGAAUUAAUAGAUGUGCUUAUAGAAAAUGCCAAAGCUAAUGGAGAUGUUAGAGCUCUGGAACUAAAUGAGAAAUUAUCAUCAAGUGCCUAGAAUGGACUAUCUGAAGCAAAACACUCUUAUGUUCAUCCAGUUGAAUUAGUUCACCUUCCACAAGUGUAUAGAGUUUGGGCUGUUUUGUUUAUUGUGUCUGAUUUAUUUUUUUCUGUUUCAUCAACUGCAGCCUUGUCUUUAGUUUUGCUUUUUCUUGAAAAAAAGUAGGUUAUUUUCAUGUUGAGUUACACACAUAAAAUCACAUUUAUUUGGAAAAGAAAAUCCUGAAAUUUGCUUUUGUUUGCUUCCCCCACUUAAACUUAGUUGCUAUUCACAAUAGAGUAUUUCCCCCCUAACUUAUGUAGCAAACAGAAUUCCCCUUUAUCUACUCAUGCGUCUCUGUCAGGUCUGAGGGUUCUUGGGCUCUGAUAACUCCUGGACAGCAGCUGGGGCCCCCUUCUGGGAGUGCUCGGUCACCAGAACUGAUGCCUUGUGAAAGCUGACCUAGAACAGAGACUAGAUGGAGUUAAAGAAUAAAGUAGGUAUUUAUUGGAAGGGCUCCGUGGAUACACCUUGGGCAGUACAAGAGCCCAGCCAGGGCUACACCCCAGAUGAACCCAAAAUGGUUCAUGACUGAUGGAUGACUGAUCACAAGGUCUCUCACUUUUAUAAGUUCUGGUCCAUUACCAUAUUGGAGUUAAUUGUCCAUUUACAGCUUUAGAUCAUGAAGCCCCAUCCUUCUUGUUUUUCACUCUUCAGGCCACAUUUAUGCUCUUGGGCCUGAGAUUUGGGUGGUUGUCCUUGGUCCCAGGCUAGGAAAGGAAUUGUUUUGUCUACCUACUCUGUGAGGACUAGGUAGACAAGAGCUUACCAUCCUUAAUUAUGAAGCUCAGACUAGACACUAAAGCAGCAGAGAAUCCGAAAAAUAUAAAAGUUAAAACCUGAGGCAUCAUUUGGAUGCACACAGAAGUACAAUUAUUAACGCCACUGCCAGGUUUUCUUGGCACAGAGUCUUAAGAGCUGGGUAGCAGACAGCUUCCGUCAUCUUUUGGUAACUCAGCAGCUGAUUACUUAAUUAUGAUAGCUGUUCUUCAGAUAUGUUAUUUUACUUUUAUGUACAUGAAAAUAUAAAAUAAAUAAAGCAAUGACUCUGACCUGUGAAAGCUACCAUGAGGAUGUUCACUCUGUUGACAGGAGUCAUGAUAGUGGUCAGUUUUUUUGUUAAAAUCUUCUUAAAAUUUCUGUCCAGCAGAGUUUUACAAUGGCUUAUACAAUCCUAUGUUAUAGGCAGGAAAGGGCACUUCAAAAGUGUGCAAUGGGACAGCAUUGAACAUUCACUUGCUUUUGGAACCAGUUGUUCUGGGCUUACAGAAAAGAGGGUGCUGAGCUGGAGUGCAAAUCACACACACUAAUCUCUGGAGAGUGUGCCACUCUCAUUUUAACAGGAAAACUCAGCUCAGUGGGCUGGGGCUUCUAGUCUGUGGAGGGAAGAUGAAACCUCUAAGUAGCAAGAAUCUCCUUAUCUUCCACACUUUCAUUCUCUCAUUUUUCCUUAAAAUUAUUUUCUUUAAAUUUAGAUUGAUUAUACUUCCCUUCACGGAGCUGCUGUCAAAUAGCCUUGAACUAUCAGUAACUGCAAAUCUUAAAUGGAAAUGCUGCAAAAGCCAGACAUGACUCUCAAGAGUAGCUGUAACUUUUUUUAGCUUGCUGCUAUUAAAAACCUGGAGAAAUUCUUGCAGCCUAUGGUUUGUAUCCUUGGCAUAUAGUCAUGGUAUGUGUGCCACCCACUCUAGUGGUGGAAAAGCUGUCAGCACCAUCCUCUUGGCAGCACAGUAAGCAACUGCCUGCCUGCCCCUCUUAAUCCUUCUGUGCGAGCGUUAGCCUAGACUUUGCUGGUACUGAGCCCUGGAUGCCUUCUAGCAUCUAGGAGAGCCAACAGGUGACAACAGCCCAGAGAGAUGCCAGCUGAGUAAUUGUCAACUGUGAACCUUCUGUAUUAGGAAAAAAAUGUUGUAGUAUGGUGCUUUUCUGCUCAAAACACCAUGAAAUUGCUUUUACUGUCAACAGUGAUGAGCUCCUUGAAUAAGAUAAUAAUACAGCCUGAAGUUGCAUUCCAUGCAAUGUAGGAAAAAAACUCUGCAAAUCUCUGUGAGUUGUGAAGUACUCAGUUAAAAGUGCUCAGGGAAGAUGAGUUAAAUUUAAGCUUUUGUAAAAUUCAACAACAUGAGGUAAAAGUCUUGCUCCCCUGAUUUUUAAGCAAUGUAUGGCCUCUACAAAAUUGCACAUUGUAGCAAGUCUGCUGUAACACUGGCAAAGCUUGUAAAUUCUUGCAACUUGAGGCAACCACGUCUUUUAUGUAAUGUAGAGCACAGCAAAAUACAAAGCCAUAUAUGCAUCAUUGAUUUGGGUAAUUGAGAAUUGCUUAUGGAUUUCACUGCCUAGAAGUCAGUGUUCUUUGGCUGCUCUUGUUGUAAAGUGGGAAAAAAAUAAACAUUGCCAACUGUAAGUUAUUAUGUUGGUUUAUGCUGAAGGCAGAAUGGAAUGAGAUCUAAUGAACUGAAGGUAGAUCAUUUCAUGGCUGCAGAUACUAGAGGUGGCUUUUUUAACCCCAUGCUGAUUCUCACUAGAGAGAGCACCUCUAAGACUUGGCCAGGCUUGCUCUUGGUGGUCACUCUUCUGGGAGGUCGCUUGGAUAGUGGUUUUUUCAUGUCUUUCUGAUUUUUUCUUUUAAGUUUCAUUUUGUGUUCUGUAUUUGAGCAGCUCCAUAGAUUCAUGAACAGGACUUGAUUUACUGAAGUCCUGUAAAGAAUAGGAACAAUACAUUAAAUAGUGGUUGCUUUCAACACAUGAAAAGUUGAUUCUUUGUCUCUGCAAAGAUUUCUGACCCAUGUUUAAUACAAAUCAUGUUAAAUCCAAUCUAUCCCAUUAUUUAAUUGUAUCUUGGGAAAACACAAUAGCAGCUUGGGUUGCAAGCUUCUUGUUACUGGGAGCUGUCUUCCAAUACAUUGGACAAUACCAAGCAUAAUUGCAGCUGUGAUUGACCUCAGGCAUGUGACAUGGCAGAAAGAAGACACUGUCUGUCUUUUAAAAAGGGCAGAAUUGUUUGCUUUUAAUGCUAUUUUUCCAUUGAGCAUUGGGAGUUUCUUGUUGGUUUGUUUUUUUUCAACACCACAAUCAAAAACUCUGGGUUUUCCAUCAGAUGCUGAUACUGUGGCUCUGCAGUUUGCCUACCAGAUAGCAGAGUUGGUGCUGUGGAUUUCCCAAAGUUGUAGGAAGUAUAAAUAGACUUACUCCUCAUCUGAGAUGAACACUGUUCUGUUGUGCACUUCUAGGAGAAUGGGAGCUCAGCUUCCCCAGCUGUUUGUGCUAAGUGUAUAAAAAGGGAGAGAUAGGAGUGUGCAGACACAGUUUUUCCAAAACAGAUACAGAGCACCUGAUACACAUUUUUUGCACCACUGUACACUCAACUACUGUCAAUAAAGACUGAAGAAUUGUAGAAUUGUAAAAUGCUGUUACCUCACUGAUUGCAGUAACUUUCAAAUUACGGUGCAGAAGCUCUUUUUGUUUGUUCUGCAUCUGACAUAGGUGUUAAUUGCUUAGGAAGUAAGAACUGAGCAGCCUUCUAUUUUUUUCUUGAAGUGCAUAUUGUAACGUGGCUGCCAAUGACAUGUUUUUCUUUUUGGAACAGUUCUUUAAUAUGGAUUCGUUUUGUCACUGCUGCAGUCAAAACAAACUGCUUCAUAGUGCUUGCAAUUUUACAGAUUCCAGACACAUCUCUGAUUUCCAGAACCCCAGUCUGUGCUGCAGCACCAACAGCUGCUGAGACAGUCAAGAGGCUGCCUCUGUCCUCUUCAAGCUGCUCUGCAUCUCUUCAGCAGCCUCCUUCUCCCCUGUUGCAGGGUCAGCCCUGCCAGAGGACUGUCAAGGGGAAGCAGUCCUUGGACUUGAGUUUGAACACAAGCAUGGCCAAAGUUUGAUAUAAACAGAGCUCUUCUGUCCUCAUUUUCCACAGGUUUAUUUUCAACUUCCUUGAAGUAAAGAACUCUCUCAGUACCAAGAUCUUUUAUUCUGAAAUUUCUUAGCCGUGACUUUCUUUGAGAGCUAUCUUGUGCUCACUCAGAAGGUCUUGUAGACAGCUAAGCCUUAUCUUGUCAAGCUGCAUAAAGACCUUAAAUAACAGAGAGCUUAGUUUACUACAGCCCUGGGGCAAGGCUUACUGGUGUGUUGCAGAUGAUGAAGGAAUUGGAGGGAAAGUAAAGAGCUGGAGUACUUGAUCACAAACAUCCUGAAAGAUGAGAAACCAGAUGCUCAGGUUUUAGGUUUUAGGUUGAGAACAUAUAAAAUGUGAAAUACUCAUGCAGUGAUUUUCAGACUUCUGUUCCUUUGGAGAGAGGGCUGAGUGAUUUUAUAUACAUACAUACAUAUAUAUAUAUAUAUAUAUAUAUAUAUAUAAAACCUGCUACAUCCACUGUCUUUCCACCAUCAGCUGCAAAUGGGAGAGUAUUACAAUGGAAAAGGUUUGAGUCACACAGAACAGAUUACAGUGAGUGAAAUCUUCCUGGAGCAGACCAGGUACUCGGGAGAAAGUCUUUGUAAUUGCUGUGAACAGUCAGAAUCAUCUGGUGAAGCGCCUUAUGCUUUGUGAGAUACAUCACUGUGACUGUCCCCAUAAGAAGCAGCCACCAUGUACCAGCAACGCCAUCUGACUGCUUCCCUCUUCAUUUACACAAUGCAUGCUCUAUGUUAAGUAGCUGCAACUCAUCCAGUUGUCUCUUUGUCCAGCCACUGUUGGUGGAGAAUGGGGAAUAAAGUAUUGAAAUAACAUAAAACCAUUAAAUAUGAUCACAGCAGCAAGAUCUAUAUGAGAGAAUCACUGCUGCCUCCAUAUGAAGAUUAGGGAUCUUUCUAAAAAGAAAUGGGUACUCUAAAAAAGCUGGAAAACAGAUUAUGACAUUACCAUUAAAUGAAAGACCAUUACCUUGAAACUUGUGCCAAAGUCAUGCUGGCUGUUUGCAAAGACAGGUGGGCUAAACUGAGAGAUGGCUGUGUGAGGGGUUUGAGAGAGAGACAGAGUCAUUUCAAUAUCUUUUUGUCCUUGUUGGAAAGUGGUUUCUGCAGCAGCAGGUUACUGUAAAAAUGUAUUUUUAAAAUAAAUUGAAUGAAAUCCCAUUCUCA